CAUACCCACCAUGUCUCUCAAAACCUUCCACCUGAUAGAGACCCUCAAGAAAUCCCCGGCCGCUUUACGCCGCCGCUUCCGCCGCGACCGCACAGAGUCCCUCUCCCACGGCGACCCGCUAUUCAAGGUCCACUACCUGGGCACCGAGAAAAUCUUCUCCCUGGAUCGAGAGCAGGCCCAGGACGCCAUAUCCCGGCUACUCGAAGGGGCCGCAAAUGGAAAGAAGCUGAGCAAAGACCAUGCGUUGGUUGUUCGUCCACGCUAUGUCGAAGUCAAAGAGCUCAGCACAGGGCGCCAGCUCACUAAGACAUACCUCCAGGACAUAGCCUACUGCGCGGCCGACUCCACCAGACCCAACGUGUUUCUGUACAUCUGUAAGCAGCGUGGGCAACAGCUGCAGUGCCGGGUGUUCUGGUGCAGCCGGGCGGAGCGGGCACGGGACAUGACGGCCUGUCUGGCACACUCCUUCCAGAGGGCACUGAGCGACUGGCAGGGGGACGGCGGAAGUACCGGCACGCUGACCCCAGAAAAAGUUGAGGUGAAGGAGGGAGAGGAUAUGUCCACCACCUCUGCUACCUCCCGAAACUCCAUGCUAACAGCUAGCUUAAGAAGAGUCCGUUGGAAGAAGAGGAGCUCCCUGUCUCACAGUCCACUGAGUGCCAUGACCAGGAAGAGAUCCACCUCAGACAUCUGGCACUGAGACACCCAGAUCCCCAGCAUGGGACACUAAACUGACCACACCCCCAGGGACUAGUUACAGCACGGAGGGAGGGAAGAGAAGAGAACCCACCACUACUGGACUGAAAAAAAGAGAAGGGUGAGGGAGGGAGAUCAGUGCUGGACUUUCUUUCAAAUGGGGCAUUGCCUUAGUAAGUCUACAGUACAGUUCAUGACUGGAAUGAACAGUAGCCUACUAACUGGGACCGUUAAUGACUAGCUAACUUGGCCUUGGAAGACUAGGGAACAAGGCGUUGGGUUGAUGGCGUGGUACUGUAUGCUGUUGCCAGCAUUCACCUCAGUUGCCUUGUGACUUGCUUUCACUGUUGGAAAGCUUCAAUGCUGAACUUCUCAUUUCCAUCGCCACUCAGUCACUUGUUUUCCACAGAGUGGCAUUGAUACUCUGAACUGCCAGUUAUGCUUCAAAGAAAGGAGCACAUGGUCUUGUGUGCCUUUUUUAACUAGACAAGGAUAUGACCAAAGAUAUCACCAAACCACAAUCUUCUCUCAGUACAAUGCUGGAUACAGGCUGGAAUGGUUGAAACUGGUUACAGACAGUCAUAGCAAUGAUGGUUGUUUUUUAAAUCUUUUUUUGUUAUUUAUUUUAAUUAGGUAUUUGUUCGUUUUUACCAUACGGCUCUUCAGCCUGUUCUCUUUCUGACUGAGUACAGAUUUUUUUUUUUUUUUUUUUUUUUUUAUAAAGGGUGGAGGAACUUUGUUUGAGCUGAACCUGAAACAUGAGCUCAGUGUUGGUCUUGGGAGAGGGGUACAAAGUGUGUGUGUGAGGAUUCAUGGGGCAUAAAGGGUUAAUUUGAGCCGACCAUAGAAUCGGCUGGGUUGUCAUAGCUACACAGUAGGCUGUGUUCGUAGGCAGGGCUGUAAUUAAGCAAUAAGGCAUGAGGCAAUUUUUUAAAGAUGAAUUACAUGUUUUCAUUCAACGUUAUUUUAAUGACUACAUUUUUUUUUUCAUCCUUCCACCAGACAAUAUAGUCCGAACAAAAGCCAGUUGUUAGUUCUGAGAUAAUGAAGUUGCUAGCCAAAUGAGCUGGUCGUCCAAAAAAGGUUGCCAUGCAGGCUAGCUAACUAAUGCUAACACUAUCACAUCAAGCAGCUGAAAUGAUGGCAAACUAUGUGCAUUUUAGUUUGUUUUACCUUUAUUUCUAUUGCCAUUUCUUUUGACAUAUCCAAUGUUAUGAUCCUUAUAAAUGAAUUUUCCUGAGAAGCUGUCAGUCUUGUCACGUUCAUUCUCUCUAAUGGCACGGUGGAACUCACAAAUAUAACCAGCAACAUUGUUACACGGGUCGGAGGCAGGCAGCAAGGUUUAGACGAACCCCAACUGUUGCAAGCCAAAUGCUAGCCUAGUAGCAUGGGGAAAUAAUGUCUAGACACUUUUACAGGGGAGUUUAAGUUAAUAAAUUGCUGGGCUGGGCUGUGGAAUUCAAAUGGCACUGUUAAAGGGAAAAUCCAUUCAAAAACAACCUUUUAAUAUUUAUUUUCAUUAGUCCACUUGAUUCAGUCCCAAAAUGUUUUCCAUGUCAGCAGUCAAGUUUUCAAGAUAUUGGACUUUCGAGAAGCAAAGUGUCACAUCAUCAUGAUGAUGAUGUGGCCGGUCAUUGACCGUGCAUCUUAGUCCAAGACUAUGCUAAAUCUGUCUUCACUAAUUUCCUGAAUUUGAAUGAGCCUCAUGGCUCUGUAUGCUAUAGAUGCGAUAUCAACCUACUUAUUCACACUAAAUCCUCCCUUAAAGGUGUUAGUGUUUGCUAGAACAGUUUUUUAUAGUGAUGAACCAGUUAGAUGUAUAUUAUUUGCAUUGAUGUGGAAAAAUCACUCGCCCAUGGUGCACCUCGUUCCUCACUAUUCCUGUGUGUGCGAAGUAGUAGGAGUAGUAAUGUUUUUAUCACAUUCGGCGGGUAGGUGCAGUGAAAUGUGUUUUACAGGGUCAGCCAUAGUAGUUCAGCGCCCCUGGAGCAAAUUAGGUGUAAAU